AUGGCACAAAUGGACUCCCAGGACAGGUGGAACAAGGAGUCCCUUGGCACUAUGAUUCAUGACACCCGGAGGUUGAGCAUGAACUUGGAGAGUGAGGAUGAGUACGGUAGGGAGGGUGGCUCUCUAGGAACCCAGGACAACACCGACUUGCAGUGUGACACCCAGUCCUGCAAAGAAGAAGAGAAAUGGUCUGGGUCCUUCUGUGCUGGCUAUGUGGAGCAGAAACCUAGGGAGAUGCCUAGGAGGACCACCAACCGGGGAAAAAGGGAAUCGAAGAUAACUCAGACUCAAGAUUUCCCUCCGUUAGAGGAGGCUCUCAGUGUCCCUUUCAGAGGCUUCUCACAGAGGCAGCCUCAUAGGGACUCAGCGGGCAGUGAUGGGAACCAGAAGGCAAACAAGGACAUAACCCUGGAAGUCCCGACCAGUUUCUUGGAUAGUGGGGGGUCUUUUUGGUCACAGAACAGUGCAGAUGCAUCCUCCCCAGACAAGAUCUCUCUGGAGCACCUUCCCAGGUCCAGGAGCAUCCCAGCUCAGACUUCAGCCACUCCUGCCGGCCCAGCAGCAGAGUUGGCAAAAGCGCAGGGCAGUAGAAAAGUCCAGGGCCAGAUAGGUCCAGGAAGCAGAGGGCAGGAAGAAGAGAGCGCUGACAGGUGUGUGCAGGACAAGCGGGCCUUCCAGAAGUCCAGCAAACUUCAGGUCCCCAAAGAACACCUUGGCGCCAAACCCUAUGUGUGCCAACUAUGCGGGAAGGCCUACUCCCACCGCAGCACGCUCCAGCAGCACCGGCGCCUGCAUACAGGCGAGCGACCCUACCGCUGCCCCUUCUGCGACAAGGCGUACACCUGGUCCUCCGAUCACCGCAAGCACAUCCGCACCCACACCGGCGAGAAACCCUAUGGGUGCCCGGACUGCGGGAGGGCCUUCGUGCGCUCCUCCGAUCUGCGCAAACACCAGCGCAACAUGCACAGCAACGACAAGCCCUUCCCGUGCGCCCAGUGUGGCUUGACCUUCAACAGGCCGCUGUCACUGCUGCGCCACCAGCGCACGCACCUGGGCGCCAAGCCUUUCCGCUGCGCCUCCUGCGGCCGCGAGUUCUCCGUGGCCAGCCGCAUGGUGGAGCAUCAGCGCGUGCACUCAGGCGAGCGGCCCUUCCCCUGCUCCACCUGCGGCAAGUGCUUCACCAAAUCCUCCAACCUGCAGGAGCACCAGACGCUGCACACCGGCCAGAGGCCCUUCAAGUGCACCGACUGCGGCGUGGCCUUCGCGCAGCCCUCGCGCCUCGUGCGCCACCAGCGCAUCCACACCGGCGAGAGGCCUUUUCAUUGCGCCGAGUGCGGUCAGGCCUUCGCCCGCUCCUCCACCCUGAAGCGGCACCAACAGAUCCACUCCGGGGACAAGGACUUCCUCUGUGCCGAGUGCGGCAGGGCCUUCCGCAUCGCAUCCGAGUUGGCACAGCACAUCCGGAUGCACAACGGGGAGAGGCCCUACCAGUGUGAGGGCUGCGGCCAGGCCUUUACCCGCUCCAAUCACCUCCAACGACACCAAGCCAAGCAUGAUGUCUGCAAGAAGGAGCCUGCCCCAUCCUCCUCCAAUGAGUGA